AUGGGGACCAUCCCAAAUGACAUCAGGAGGCUACUAGAUGAUUGCAAGCUGUUUGUGUCGGAGAUCCUCCAAGACGAGCAGCUCAGUGAAAAUGCGGCAGAGACCCGCAAAAUCUUAUUGAAUAAUUUCAGGGUGGUACACAUGAGAAACCCUCAAGAAUUCCCCUUUCACUCUGACUCGAGGGAGGAAGACGGUUCUGACGACAACCGUAGCUCCAGUCUGGGUCGUUCCGCACCGUCCGACGAUGCUUCGGUGGCUUCCGACUACCAAGAUGACGGAGCAACAGAGUACUUUGAGGACAUUCCCGUCACAGCAGCUCAAGACCUUGGCAACAUUCUGAAGCAGGGCUACUUGGAAAAGAGACGACGAGAUUCCAGCUUUUUUGGCUCAGAGUGGCAGAAGAGAUGGUGCGUUCUCAACAAUUCUGUUUUCUUCUAUUUCGGCAGCGACAAAGAUAAACAGCAGAGAGGCUCGUUUUACAUCAAUGACUACAGUGUUCAGCUUGUCACCAACCUGAGGAAAGACUCCAAAAGGAACGCCUGCUUUGAGCUGUUUGCACCUGGACGCAGGACUUUUCAGUUCACGGCUGGCAGUCCACAGGAAGCCCGUGAGUGGGUGAACCACAUCAGUUUUGUGCUACGAGACCUUAGCUCCAGUACUAUUCCUUACGACGAGGACGAGGAGGAUGUUGAGAGCAACGAUGAGGACGAGACGACCUACGACGACAUUGAUGGGCCGAGCAGCCCUGCUACGCCUUGGCCCGCGGCAGCCGCUCGGGGCUUUCAAAGUGAAGCGGGAAGGCAGAAAGACGAUGACGAGGAGGACGACAGUGACAUCUAUGAGGUUCUACCUGAAGAGGACUUUCCCGAUUCCUCUGCUGACGGUUUGGUGAAAUCCCACAGAGCAGCAGCGUUGGAUUAUGCUAACUACUACCAGGCCGUGUGGGACUGCCAGGCGGAUGCGUCAGAUGAGCUUUCCUUUAUCAGAGGAGACCUCAUCCUUAUCCUCAGCAAGGAGUACAACCUGGACGGCUGGUGGGUCGGUGAGCUGAAUGGCACCGUGGGUAUCGUCCCCAAAGACUUCCUGCACCCUGCCUAUAUCCUGUGA